AUGGAUGGGCUCAUACAAAUGUUACCGUCUUCAUUAAGAAAAUUUUCCACAUAUAUUGAUUUUGUUGGACAGCGGAGAGCGGAACGGAUUUUUCAAGUGAUAUUGGUGCUAACGGCAGUGAUUGGUUAUGGUAUUGGCUUUGUUACUCAACAACUGUCAUAUGCUAUCUAUAUGUUAUGCAGUGGCUUUAUUCUGUCGUGUAUUCUCGUUGUACCACCAUGGCCAUAUUUGAGACGUAAUCCAAUACAUUGGCAGCCCGUUCAAACGAUUGCUUCAUUAUCUGCAAAUGCUUCAUCGAAAGAGAAAAAGAAGACAAAAUAA